CUGCGCAGUGAAUUCCAAAUCUGUUUUAGGUUUUUUUAUUUUACUUUCUUUUUGUUAAUUUUUAAAUAUUUUUGAAUUCACACCUCUUUUAUUUAAUGAAACAGGCCGCAUUCUAUUUUCAGAGAUCCGUUUAAGAGGGGCAAUAGCAUCCUUGUGAGUGCGAUUUUGUUCCCUUAUGUCUUUCCACUUGAUAUCGCCACCACAGCUUGAUCUCAUUCUCUCCGAUGUUGAUGUUUAUUGGAUUAGUCAUAUGUGAAGCUUAAACUCCAGAUGUUGUUGCUGAAGGGCUCUGGCAUGACCUUGAGCAAGAAUACAUCUUGCUGCAGAACUAUGUUAAAUGGCCUAUUGGUUGGUCUCUUGGUGGUUAUCCUGGUCCUCGGGGACCAUACUACUGUGGUGUUGGUGUUGACGAAGCCUUCGGCAUUGUUGAUGCACAAUAGACGGCAUGCCUGUAUGCCGGUAUGAACAUUAGUGGUAUGAACGGAGAAGUGAUGUCGGGCGAGUGGAAAUUUCAAGCUGACCUUCACUCGGUAUCUCUGUUGGAGAUGAAUUAUGGGCUGCAGCUCGGUACAUUCUGGAGAGGAUUACUGAGGUUGCUGGAGUUGUGCUUCCAUUCGAUCCUAAAGCCAAUUCAGGAAAUUGGACUUCUGUUUUGUCAAGAAGAUUGGAAAGGAGCGGGGGCACACAAAAAUUACUGUGCUAUGUCUAUGAGAAAUGAAGGAGGCUAUGAAGUCAUCAAGAAAGCAAUUGAAAAGCUUGGUCUGAGGCAUAAAGAACAUAUUGCAGUCUAUGGAGAAAGGGAUUGAGCAGAGACUUACCGGACGGCGGCACGAAACAGAGGAUAUUAGUACUUUCAAUUGGGUAAGAGGGAAAAGAAACAAUUUCCUAACUGCUUAAGUUCUCUUAUUAUAAGAUGUCUUACAUUAGUUUCUUUACUUCUUGUCCGAUUGACAAGGUUUGCUAAUCGCAAAGCUUCCAUUUGUGUUGGCCGUGACAUAGAGAAAGAAGGAAAGGGGUAUUAUGAGGACAUAAGGCCUGCUUCAAACAUGGAUCUAUAUGUUGCGAUUUCCAUGAUUGUAGAAACCACCAUCCUGUGGAAGCCAUGAGAAUCUCAAGCAACACCUCAAACAAAAUAAUGUUGUUAGUAGUAGUACUUGUUAAAGAGGCUAGGUUUUCAUUAAUCAUAAUAUUCUGAAGUGUAGUACUUACAAGGAACCUUGGAAAGAUUUGUCUGUAGGAUGGAUAUCUUUCAAUUUGUUUCCAUUUGUAUUUGAGGCUGCAAGGGAUGUUAUUCCUUUGCUUGCUUGUCUUAUGAUUGAUUCUGCAUUUUGUGUUGAAUAAUGGAAUCUUAACUUCAAUCACCUUCAUGGAUAA